CUUCAUUCCACUCACCUCCCUCAAUCCACCACCUCUCACUCUCGCUCUUGCUCACAUACCUCCUCCUCCUCCGCCGACGGCAUGACCACCCACAUUGACACCCUCUGGCUCUUCCUCUUACCCUCCAAAUGCACCCACGAUAACCUCCCCUGCACCCUCCUCCUCCUCCUCCUCCUCUUCCUUGUCGUCUCCUUCUUCCACUGGUCUCACCCCGGCGGUCCUGCUUGGGGCAGGUACUACUCCUGGAUUCGAAAGACAACCCCCGUGAUUCCUGGUCCCAGAGGCCUCCCUCUCUUGGGCAGCAUCCCUCUCAUGUCCUCCUCCCUCGCCCACCGCCGCAUCGCCGCCGCCGCCUCCGCAUGCAACGCCAGCCGCCUCAUGGCCUACAGCCUCGGCCACACGCGAGUCAUCGUGUCUUGCCACCCCGACGUCUCCAGGGAGAUCUUGAACAGCCCCGUCUUCGCUGAUCGACCCAUCAAGGAGUCCGCUUACAGCUUGAUGUUCAAUCGAGCAAUUGGUUUUGCUCCUUAUGGACUCUACUGGCGCACCCUGAGGAGAAUCGCUGCCAAUCAUCUCUUCUCUCCCAAGCAGAUAAAAGCGUCCGAGUCUUACAGGUCCGAAAUCGCUGCUCAAAUGGUGGGAGUGUUUGGAAGCGAGAUUGACGAUUAUAAAGGCUUUCCGGUUCGGCAUGUUCUCAAGAAGGCGUCUCUGAGCCACAUGAUGUGCUCCGUGUUCGGCAAGUGUUAUAGGGUGGACGAGUCAAACUGGGAAAUGGAGGAGCUGAGCCGGUUAGUAGAGGAAGGGUACGACUUGCUGGGUACCCUUAACUUGGGGGACCAUCUCCCUUGGCUUUCGGAUUUGGAUGCUCAGAGAAUCCGGCUCAGGUGCUCCAAACUGGUCCCCAAAGUGAACCGGUUCGUUGGUAAGAUACUGGCCGACCAUCGAGCCGAAAACGACCGAACGAACCGGGAUUUUGUUGACGUCUUGCUCUCCCUCCAUGAACCCGAUAAACUAUCCGACUCCGACAUGGUCGCCGUACUUUGGGAAAUGAUAUUCAGGGGCACUGACACGGUGGCGAUUCUGAUUGAGUGGAUAUUGGCGAGGAUGGUGCUUCAUCCUGACGUGCAGUCAAAGGUUCAAGCGGAGCUUGACCGAGUGGUAGGGAAGUCACGGGCCGUCACGGAGGCGGAUGUGGUGGCGAUGGUGUACUUGCCGGCGGUGGUGAAGGAGGUGUUGAGGCUGCACCCCCCGGGCCCACUGCUAUCGUGGGCUCGCUUGGCCAACACCGAUACCAGCAUUGAUGGGCAUCACGUGCCGAAGGGGACCACGGCCAUGGUGAACAUGUGGGCCAUAGCCCGGGACCCAAUAGUGUGGAGGGACCCGCUGAAAUUUAUACCCGAGAGGUUCGUUUCCAGCGAAGGGGACGGGGAAUUUUCAGUAUUCGGUUCGGAUCUCAGGCUGGCACCAUUCGGGUCGGGCAGAAGAACGUGCCCGGGCAAGUCAUUGGGCUUCGCCACAGUGACCUUUUGGGUGGCUUCACUUUUGCAUGAGUUUCAGUGGCUACCGUCGGGUGAGAACGAGGUGGAUCUAUCGGAAGUGCUGAGGCUAUCAAGCGAAAUGGCCAAUCCUCUCAUGGUCAAAGCGUGCCCUAGGCGUGGUGGGUUAGGUUAAAAUUAAGAUAUCAUAUAAAGGGCGAAAAAAAAAUAUGAGGUAGAGUGUGGAAGAAAAAUAUCUUUAAGAAAAGAAAAUGAUGGAUUGAAAUAGUUAUGAAUAAGCAUAUCAUAAAUAUGUGUAUACGGCGUGUCUUACAUAAUUUUAUGUUUAUUCGUAAUUAGUUUAAUCUAAGAAUGUUUCUAGGCUGAAUCUAUGUAGACUUGGCACUUAUCUAGCAUGCAUGUUUGAGGGGGUUGAUGCGAGCUGGAGAUAACAAACAGUACCAUGAACAUGUGGGGAAGACGAUGUUUGGAUCAGCAUUUAUGUAGUCAUAUGGGUCUUCAAUUUUUUCUUUCAGUGUUCUGUUUUUUUUUAUGUAAUUUAACAGUAGAGUAUCAAGUUGUUUUAAUAUUAGAAAAGGAUUAAUCUGUUGUCAUUGUAUAUACUGCUAAGUUAAUACAAGUGUCUACUUAGUUUA